CGCAGGGGAGCAUGGCUGCGUCAAAAGUUUUGCCGCGGACCCGUACUCUAUGUUUACAUUCGCUAUAAACCGAAGUGCAUACAACAACAUAGACUUUAGAACAUUGACUGUUAAGUGAAUCAAAGUUUCUUCACGGACUUCAAGUGAUGAUAUAAGUGACAAAUGAACAAUUUUAUAGUGAAAAAAUGACAAAAAAGUUAUACGAAAUGAUUUCGUUAAAAGUUUGGAUGUUUUUGGUUGUGGUGGCUGGUGCGCGCGCACGCUCAGCGCCGCCCGCCCCCAGCGGCUGUCAGUGGGACUAUUCGGACGCAAAGUUGAGUGAAUCUAACUUUCUCACGUGUAACAUCAAAACCAUCGGAUCAGCAGACUUUUUGUUUAAAAAUAUUACUACUGCGCAGGCGUACAAUAUCAACAAGUUAAAGUUAACUUGCACUGAUUUACUUUUCUUCGAGAGUUCUUUACACAUGAAUACCGGCAGUUUCUUGGGACAACUGAGAAAACUGGAAGACUUGCGCGUGGAAUUCUGCAAAAUACGUUACGUGCCGGCUACUGUAUUGUCUCCGCUUCGUGAUUUAACUAGUUUGACUCUACGCUCCUACAAUACGGAUUGGCCUGCAAUGACAAUGGAGUUUCAUGCUGAGAGUUUUCGUGGAUUGAUGGAAUUGCGUACGCUUGAUUUAGGCGACAAUAAUAUUUACAUGUUGCCAUCAGAAGUUUUCUGUCCACUCUUUAGCUUGGAAUCACUUAAUUUGACAAAUAACAGAAUUCAAGACAUAUCGGAAAUUGGGUUUUCAGACUGGGGCAAAGGACCUAUUGCGCCAGGUAAAUCCUGCAAUACUGGAUUAAAAAUGCUAGACUUGUCGCAUAAUAACAUUCUUCGUCUUCCCGACAACGGACUUUCAAGCCUGAGAUCUUUAGAAGUGUUGAAUAUUCAGAACAACUUAAUUAAUGAAAUAGGAGAUAGAGCCUUUGUCGGCUUGAAUUCAUUAAAAAUCUUGAACUUGUCGGGAAAUAAGUUAGUCGCUGUCCCUCCAGAACUAUUUCAAUCGUCGAGAGUUAUAAAGGAGAUCUCAUUAGCGAACAAUUCACUUUCCGUGUUGGCUCCCGGAUUAUUAGAAGGGCUUGAUCAAAUGGAGAAAUUGGAUUUAUCAAGAAAUUACCUGACAAACGACUGGGUUAAUAGAGAUACUUUUGCUGGUUUAAUAAGAUUAGUUAUUCUGAACUUAUCCAACAAUGCAUUGACUCGCCUGGAUCCUAAGUCAUUUCAAGAUUUGAACAACUUGCAAGUUUUAAAUUUGGACAACAAUGCUAUAGAAAUCAUAUCAAAUGGUGCUUUUGCAGAACUGAAAAAUCUUCAUCAACUCUCAAUUUCGGAUAACAGAAUAAAAGUUCUGAAUGAGCAUUUAUUUUCAAAUCUUUUUGUAUUGAGUCAGCUCUACUUGGACAAUAAUCAAAUUUCUACCAUUCAUGAACGCUGUUUCGAAAAUAUAACAUACUUGCAGGAUCUAGGCCUAAAUGGUAAUAAUUUGAAUAUGGUUCCGGAUGGCAUAAGACGAUUGCGGUUUUUGAAAACACUCGAUAUUGGGAAAAAUAAUAUCUCUAAGGUAUCCAAUACUUCAUUCGAAGGUUUAGAAGAACUCUAUGGACUGAGACUUGUUGACAAUCAUAUUACCAGUGUUCCUAAAGAUACCUUCAGUACAUUGCCAUCACUACAAGUUCUCAACUUGGCAUCGAAUAAAAUUGAGACCAUAGAGCAAGACGCUUUUCUUUCAAAUCCAACUUUAAAAGCUAUCCGAUUAGAUGGCAAUAAACUAACAGAUAUUCGAGGAGUUUUUAAUAAACUUAAUACUCUUGGUUGGCUCAAUAUUUCUGAUAACAAACUUAUCUAUUUUGACUUUAGUUACAUGCCAGAGAGUCUUGAAUGGUUGGAUCUUCACAGCAACGAUAUAACAAAAUUGGAAAACGAAUACAAUACCGAACAAAACAUUCGUAUGCUUGACGUAAGUUUCAAUGCGAUUGAAAAUAUAGAUGAAAGAUCGAUACCUGAUUCAAUAGAGAUCCUUUUCUUAAAUAACAACAAAAUUCACACGAUUCAGCCAGGUACAUUUUUACAAAAAAAGAAGUUAGAAAAGGUCGUCGUGACGGAUAAUAAAUUGAGAACUGUUGAACUAUCAGCGUUUACUCUGCCCCAUAUUCCAAAAAGUAGGUUAUUACCUACAUUCUUCAUUGGGAAUAAUCCAUUCGUUUGCAACUGUCACAUGAUUUGGUUGCAAAAAAUUAAUUUAUGGAAUCAUAUGAGACAAUAUCCCAGGUUCGUUGAUUUGGAUUCCGUUACUUGUGAAGUGGUAAACAAUAAAUACGGCGGAAAGGCUAAUUUGAUGGAUGUUCCGGAAACUCAAUUUCUAUGUUCCUAUGAAACACAUUGCUCAUCGAGCUGCUUCUGUUGUGACUUUGAAGCAUGUGAUUGUAAAAUGACAUGUCCUGAGGGAUGUUCAUGUUUCCACGAUAGUAACUGGAACUCCAAUGUGAUUGAUUGCUCAAAUGUUGGUUAUACUGAGAUACCAGAAAAAAUACCAAUGGACGCUACGGAAUUGUAUCUUGAUGGUAAUGACUUUAGCUCACUUAACAGCCACUUAUUCAUCGGCAAAAAGAAAUUGCACAAGCUCUAUCUCAAUAACAGCAAGAUAGAAACUAUAGAUAAUGACACGUUUAACGGACUACAUUCGUUAACAGUACUUCACCUUGAAAAUAAUCACUUGACAGAGUUAGCUGGUGGUGAAUUCUCACAAACAAGGCACUUGAGAGAGUUAUACUUGAAUGAUAACCUUUUGACAAGUGUCUCAAACAAGACUUUUGAGAAUUUAUCUGCUUUGAGAGUUGUGCAUUUACAAGGAAAUAAGAUGCUUGACUUAGACAAAAAGUUGGCCCAUAUUAUUCAUCUUGAAAACGUCAACGUAGAAGGAAAUAUUUUUACCUGCAAUUGUGAUAACGUGCUGUUGCUUCAAAAUUGGUUUAAGAAAUAUUAUGAAGAUCCAGUGGAAAUGUUUUGUGCUGAUGAAAAUGGACUUAUUUCGAAUCUUACUGUGUUUGAUGUGAUUGACAAGUGUCGUGAAUCUAGUGUGAUGGACAAUACUAUCCCUACCGAAAACCAACCAUACCAAUAUGAUGAAGUGAGCACAAUUAAACUGAACUUUGUACCACUUUUAGCUGUAGUCUUGAUCAGUGUAAUUUUAAUUUUACUGUUUGGUGCCUUAGCUUUCUCGUUUAGACAAAAUGUGCGUUUGUGGGCUCAUUCUAAAUACGGAGUAAGACUGUUCAAAAGUGCUUCGAUUCAGGAAAGUGAACUUGAUAGAGACCGUUUGUAUGAUGGAUAUGCGGUGUAUAGUUUAUUAGAUGACGACUUUGUAUCUAAGGUUGUUGCCCCUGAAAUGGAACAUUCAGGUUAUACAAUGUGUUUCCAUUACAGGGACAUGCAACAUGUGCAUGAAAAUUAUCUAUUGGACCAAAUCACAAAUGCUGCUGAAUCUUCAAAACGAAUCCUUGUAUUUGUAUCUUUUAACUUUUUACAGAAUGAAUGGUCUAAAAUUUUAUUUAAAUCAGCUCUCAAGCAUAUAAUAACUUCUAUUCACCCUUCUAUCAGACGGCAUAGAGUUGUGUUUAUUUUAACAACGGAUGUAAGUGCAUUAAAUUUAGACGUUGACUUCCAAAACUAUUUAAAAACAUGCAACGUUCUUUUGUGGGGUGAAAAGAAGUUUUGGGAGAAAAUAAGGUUUGUCAUGCCUGACAUUUCUAACUUACAAUGGAACAAAGACACUAUGAAUUACAAUCAUGGCGUCGGUCCAAAUGGGAGGAGGCAUCCAUCUCGUUACACAGCAUCGCCGACCGCGCCCGAGCAUUGGUAUAAAUACGAUGCUAUUCCCCCUCAGACUCCCACUACUGCUAAUGUUGGUAUCACCGUCGAAGAUGAUACGUCGAUGUUAACUAAUACGACAUUGACGAGUCAGCUUCAGGACUGUGAUAACCCACAUCAUAGCUACAUUUCAAUUGACACUCAAAACUACGAGCAGCCAUAUGGCGGUAGGCCAAGGCCUCCUAAUACGCUUCGUAAACAUCCCGUAGCUCAUUCCCCUUCCAUGCUCGACGACCAAGGGUACUUACAACCACGGUCAUCUGUGCACGAGGGCUUGCCUCAAACCCAUCCAGCUCACAGAUGAUAAGGCAGUUCAAAUCUAUUUUUAUCUAUGAAAGAUAUUUGUUAAUGGAACGACACAUUCCAAGCACAUGUGUAGGCAAUAUUUUAUGUUCGCCUUGCCUUACUGAUUCGUGAUAAUUAAAAAAAAUCGUUGUCCUUUUGUUUCUGUAAAAAAUCAAAGGAUAAUUUCUGGAGCAUGCAAGUUCCUUUCUUUGUAUAUAUUAUAAUACUAAUAUGCCUUAUUAUCGGCCGGAAGCGAAUGAAUAUACAGUGUCACUGAUCUUUUGGCCAAAUUUUGUAACUGUAGGUACACUUGUUCCUUUGUAAAGUAAUAUAAUUAUGUAAGUUAUUUGAAGAGACUGUUGUCAAAUAAUGUCUUAACGUAUCUAUGUAGACUGGAGCCUUAUAAAAUGUACUGUUAUUUAUAAAUUGUAAAAAGCGUAUUAACAACAAAAUAGAUUUACGUAGAUUGUUGUAUAUUAAGACUGAUGCAUUGUAUAAUUUAAGAAUGAUAGCCAGUAUAUGGAAAGCAAACAUAUGUAAGUAUUUUCGUAUAGUAUAUUAUCUCACUGUUACCAAAUAUUUUGUCAGGAAAUAUUUUAAAUGUAUAUUCUGUAAAUAUAUCCUUGUAUAGAAAUAGGGCCUAGUCAUUAGUUAGGAAUUGAUUAAUGUUAAUACUGUAGAUAGUUCUGGCUACAUAGUUAAUGAUAUUUUAUUUACCUAACCUGCCAAAUAGUGUUGUAGUUUAGAACAUAUUCGAUGUAAAUUAAAUGUCAUUAACUUAGUAGCUUGUGUAAUUAAAUAAUAUUAUCAUUGUCAAAUGUUACGUAAUAUUUAAAAGAAAAUAAAAGAAUAUUAUCAAAAUA